GUUAUUGAGAGCGUUGUGGCGGUGGUCUGUAAUUAUGGGUUGAUUCGGAUCUGUCAGCAACGCAACCCGCGACAACACCGCGGGCUAUCCGAUCCACGGGAAUUUAUCACUCGUGAGUAGGUACUAGAAUAUGACGAGCACGAGGUGAAUAAUGGCGCAGCUCAUAAUGUUGACAUUCAACCUACAUAGUUUCGCUCUGGUUCUUGUUCUCCAUCCUUUUCAUUCGUAGGCUAGUUUUCCCAUACCAUGAUCCCAGAUCAUCUGCCCCACUUCCCCAAAUCGUUCGUUCAAAAGCCAGCUUUAUUCAAUCCUCCUCUUCAUCUUCCAGUAAAGUUAAAAAUUAGACUUCAACACGAGACGACACUCCACCUAGUCACUCUGUUCUAUGUUUUGAGUUGCAGUUUACAGCGUUGCCUGAAGUAGUGCAUACUGUUAUUUUAAAGUACUACUUUUUUUGCGUGGACGAGGAUCAUCAGAAAGUUGUCAUGAUCAAAUCCGAAAGUAGGACUGCUCUUUUGAGUCUUUUCUUGAUUUUAUGAUGAAUCUGCUGUAGAAAAUUUAACAAUCGACGCAACAAGAGACGAAUCGAAGUUAGUCUAUCCAUGCUGACUGAUUUUUUUAAGCAUUUUCCAAGAACGCGACAAUCAUAAAUUUGUACAAGAUCAACGCCCAUCUGAAGAGUUUGAUUGGUAUCUAUAUUGCUAGUGAAGACUGCCAUAAUUACCAGUCACAAUGUACGGAGCAUACCGUCACACGCCCACCUCUUCUUCAAACCAGGAUGCGAAGCAUCUCGAUUCUGUAUAUGGUCGAGAUGACCCUGUUCUGCAGGCGAGGUUCAAAGCCGACGCGCCCCGCAUCGUGCAGAGGGACGCACAGUCGGAGAGCCCUAGAGAGGUGGAAGAUCGCGAACCCGCUUCAAAAAGGGCAAUUUUGCUGCUUGGUGCUGGUGGAUCUACUACAACGUCAUCUCUAUUUUCUCGUCCUCCACCUGGUCCCACAAACCCUGCUGCGUUUGUGCCCAACGUAACUACUUCCUUGUUUGCGAAGCCUCCUUCCCAAAAUACAACAAGGACAUCUUCCUCUUCGUUAUUUUUAAGGCUUCUCCAAAAGAUCCAUCUUUCCUUUAGAUGCAUGAUGAAGACGCAUCUUCUUUGUGAUCAGAGAGUUUUUUUGUUCGAGAAGAAUCCUGAUAGAUGGCUUUCAUGAAGAUACUUGUCGUGCAUCUUACAACGAUGGAUCGAUUGGUAGGUAUGUAGGUUUCGUCCUCUAAGAUUUGCGGCGCCUCCUAUCAGAAGUGGGACCACCAGCUCUUUGUUUGCCAAUCCCAAUACCUCACGGCCAAGCUCGUGUGAACUUGAGAAUGGGGAAGACCUGGAGAUGGGCCGCCCAGAGCGAUUCGACGGGCGUGCGCCAAAGCUGAAUAUGGCUCACGACCAUACCAACUUUUCCUUGCUCCGGGUCCACCGAGAAUCGGCACUGUUCGGUAAACUUGAAAGUCUUCUCUCGUGGUACAGGUACGGGCACGCGCCUCAUCAACAGUCUUCAACCACGAUACCGAAUACGUUCGGAGCUGCGCCAAAUGAGAUUAGUAUGCCAGUAGCGGAUGUACUCGGACGAGAGCGGCGGCAACUCCGAAGAGCAUGGCUCAUUGAGAACCCCUUACUGUGGAAGCGCUACGUGACGCGAAAAGGCGAAAUGCGGGAGGAGCUCAGGCGCUUACGGGACGAAUUCGGCAAGACAAUCGGUAUGGGGAGCGCGCACGUGGAGCGGGACCUGCCUGGAGCACUGGAUCGUGGUCUCAAUGAGACCUGGCUGCUACACGGAACGCAGGCACAUAUUAAGAAAUCUACAAAGCAACUCGUCUCCUGCACAAACACCUUGGUCGGUUUCUUCAAACGAAGGUCAAUAUGCUCAUGGGGUUGGAGUUCUGCUAGCUCUAAAAAUAAUGUGAAAAGCAUAUUAGAAAACGGAUUACUGCGGAGCAAGGCGAGAGGCGGCUGCUUCGGAAGUGCCAUCUAUUAUGGACCCCUCUGUGACCAAGAACACUCAGAUUUUCAAAGUUCUUGCAUCUUCUGAAGCUUUUUGUACUUCUUUCAUCCAUGUUAAAAAUGUGAAGAAGAAGAUUUAGAUCAUCAAAAUGAGUAUCGUACAAUGAAUGGCAGGCUUGCUAGAAGUAGUGUUCAUAAUCAUUGUGCUUUUUUUGGGUCAUCAGUCUCAUUCAUGACCGAGUGCAUGUAAUGAAUGUUAGUUUCUCAUCAUUGUGAGUAACUAAGAGAAACAAGAGGAAGAGUCGCAGUAGCGAGCGACCUUUUCUAAGUCUUUCUAGCGGAGAACGCCGCGAAGAGUGUCCACUAUGCUGUCGGAAAUGGCAGCGGGGAGGCUUUUUUGCUGGUGUGUCGCGUGUUGGUGGGCUACUACCAGACUGUUUCGAGCUUUGAUGCUGCUGCUGGAGGGCAGCAGAUGAAGGACGCGGUAGAGGUGGCGGGACACACGAAGCCCGCAACGAUGUACGCUUAUCAUCGUAGUGCAGCGGAGUCGGCAUCGUCUCUAGUACAGACCGCGUCAAGUAGCACGCGUCAACUGAGUGGAAUUCAGUACCACAGUCGCGUGUGUGAUGCAGGUUCAAGUGGAGGUGCUUUUAUUGGCGCUAGCCAUCGGGAAUUCUGCAUUGAAAACGAGGCAAAUAUCUACCCCGAAUACCUUCUGUGCUUUUCUACUGACGGAUAUUGAAACGCACAUCGCUGAUUUGAACCUCGUCGCGCUUUGGCUGGCCGAUUGAUGCGGCGCAUAGAAAUCCGCUGACUCGAUGGCGAAAUGAGUGAUAGUAACUAAUGUAGUUGUAAUGAUUUAUGUUUUAUGCGAUUUUUAAAUGUACAUGGUGAACUAUCCUUGUUAUCCCAUCAUCUACUCCCUAGCAGUAUCCUCGUAGUGCGGCUGUUGAUCGAACGCGUAAUACAUAGAUUUCCGGUUUGACAAUUAAAACUAAAAGGCCUAGUUAGAUGAAGCUGCCGCAGCAUGAUUUUUAUCAUCAAUCGAUCCCUUCCCCAUUCAUCUCCAACAUCGGACAAUUAUUUCCCUGUACUGAUGUGCUGGGGUUCAGAAGCAUCGACACUUGAUAUUAAGCAUGCUCUCUUCCUAUACUCGGAUUCCCUAGAAACAUGUUUCCCCAAUCAGGAGAUCUAGAGCACGGUUUUUUGAGCUGGUCGAAAAGAUAAAACAAAAGUCGAAGAUAGGUUAAAGAACUUCAUCUAGAGUAAGGCCCCACUGAAAAAACGGUUUUCUUUAACUGUCGUGUGGUGCUGAGUCAAUCUAUUCGGAAUCGUUCGUGAACCGCUUAACCGCUUAUACUAUGUAUUGGGUGAUGUCAACAUUUAUAUCCGCUUUCAUACUAAUAUCUUCGCUUCAAUUAUGAGCGGCUUGAUGGCUUUGAUGACAAUGUCCAACUUGCCCAACUGCUAUGUACAGCGUUUGCUCCAUGUGCACGCCUUUUCGCAGGCGUCUAUGAGAGCAACGGCGGUCUUCUGUCUAUCCGCUUGAGACCUGGCCCCAGCUGGGAAGAUAGUGCUGAAAAUUUCAUUUGUAGCUGUAGUAAUGGAGAGGUGAAAAAUCGUACGUCGCGCUCGCGGCGCCAGCAUUGUAUUGUAGGAUG